AUUAACCAAAAAUAAAUAAUCGCGAUUGGACUUGAUAGUAGUUUGAGUUUGUAUGUACAUCGUCGUUUCAUAUUAGGAUAAUUAAUUAGUCACUGACCUUUUUGUGUUUUAUAACCACUGUACCGAUGGGGUUCAAUAGUGAUUGUAACGUUUAAUCGAACCUUAGAAAAUCCGCAUAUGAACGAAAUUCUAAGUUUUAGUUGAAUUUAAACCAGAGGUCAUCAUGAAAACAGUAUUAAUCGCAGCAGUAAUCUGUUGUUGGUUUUAUAAUAAGGCUCUCUGUGGCGUUCAAGAUGAUUGGAACAACUUUAAAACCAAGUACAACAAAACAUAUAAGAAUGAAGUUGAAGAAAAUGAGAAAUUUACCGUUUUCAAGGAUAACCUAGAAGAAAUCCGCCGUCACAACAGCCGCUAUGAGGAUGGUUUAGAAACGUAUAAAAAAGGUAUUACUGUUUUCGCAGAUUUAAGUAAAAGACAAUUUGACAAAAAGUAUCAGCUAAGCAGACCUGGAGUAACGAGUAUAAUAUAUCCAAAAACCUGGAAAACCCGUCAAGUAGAUAGAAAUUUAACCACGGUCUAUGUAGACUGGAGAAAAGUAGGUGCCGUCACUCCAGUGAAGAAUCAAGGAAUAUGUGGAGCAUGUUGGAUAUUUAGUGCAGUUGGAAUUUUAGAGAGCUACCACUUCAGAAAAACCGGAAAGCUAAUAUCCCUUAGCGAACAAAAUGUAGUCGAUUGCAUUUCUAAGUAUUCGUGUUCUGGAGGAAUUCCACAAGACGCCCUUACUUACAUACAAAAAAAUGGUGUAAGUACGGAAGUUGAAUAUCCCUAUGAAGAUAAACAUAUGGCUUGUAAACCUUCAUCUAAUAAGACACACAUCGAUUUUAAAUCGUAUCAGUUUAUCAAUGAGACAGAGCAACACUUAAAAAAUGCCGUGGAUGAAAUGGGGCCCGUAUCGGUUCGUAUGUACGUGGACGGUAGAUUGAGGCUUUACUCAGGAGGAGUAUGGUAUAAGAGAAAAUGUUUAGAUACUGUGACCCACGGAAUGGUUCUUGUUGGUUAUGGUACAGAGAAUGGGGUGGAUUAUUGGCUUAUUAAAAACUCGUGGGGUACAUCAUGGGGAGAAAAUGGCUACAUGAAAGUAGCUAGAAAUAGACAUGAUAAUUAUUGUGGUCUCACUAGUGCAUCUAUUUAUUUAAUCUAAUUGUAUUUUAAAUAAUUAAAUAAAUGUUUCAGUUUCA